GCCCUGUGCAAGCCCUCGAAGCCCCGCCGGCAGCUCCAGAUGCCGUGCAUCCGGCAGCCAAGGAAGUCUUGGCGUCUGUUGGCCACCUGCAGCACUUGGCGGAAGAGCUGCAAGGGCUCCUUUCCGCAGCUGAGCGCGCGGACCGCCUUGUUCGGGGUUUGCGCAAGACUCCGCCUGCUGAUGGCGUGGAGGCGCUCACCUCUGCGCAGGAAGCCGGCGAGACGCUACUCUCCGUGAGUCAGAAGAUCGCUGAGGCGGCUCCGGCCCUCUCCGAGUCAGCCAUGGAGGUGGCGGAGUGCAGCUUGUCUGUCGCAGCCCGCUUCGCGGCGGUACCCUGUGCCCUACUGCUUACGGACGUGGCGCUCUCCUGUACCCUCGAGGCUUCGAGAUUGAAGCACGCCGGCCAAUUGCUACACGACGUGAGGCGGGACACAAUCGGCACCUUGCAGACGCUGCAGGCCAACCUCAGCAUGGCCAAGAUCGUGG